AUGUCCAGGCGGCCUGCAGGCGCAGGCCACGCUGGGCCCCGCGCGUCCUCGCGGCGGUUCAAGGGCCGGGUCCGAGCCGCGCGGGCCAGCCGCCAGGCGGCCCCCGCGGGCGCUCCCGCAGCGCGCCGCGCCCUGCGGGCGGCGCUCGCCCGCGCGGAGGCGGCGGCGGCGGCCGAGGGGCCGCGGGCGGGCGCGGCGCCCCGCGCGGCCGCGGCGGCGGGGGCGGCGCUGCCGCGAGCGGCGGCGGCCGCCCCCGUGGGCGCUUGGCCAUGCGAGGCGGCGAGGGGCGCCGCCGAGGCUCCAGAGGAGGGCCGCGGCGAGGCGUUCAACGUGGAGGACGAGUGGCUCGAGCCCGCGGUCACGAAGGGGCCUGAGCGCAAGGCGCCGGAGCGGCACUACAGCGCCUACCCGACGCCUGCGAAGCUCGGGCCCAGGCGCGGGGAGGCGCCCAUCGUCGACGUCGAGCUCGACGGCCUCGUUACCUUCGAGGUGCUGGGGCCCGCGGCGGAUGCAGGCGGCCGCCAGAGCAAGUUCGGCCGCGUUGGGUUCCACGCGGUGUUCGAGGUCGCGCACCUGGGCGCGGAGCGCGAGGAGGAGAGCAUCCAGAUGGGCGUCGCCUUCGAGGGCCCGUCCGAGGUGCCGCUCAUGCACUUCUGCCCUGUCAGCACGGACCACAGCAAGUGUCUGUGCGGGCAGGAGGGCUCGGGCUCGAAGUUCUACGACGCGGCGAUAAUCCACGUUGGGCGCUGGAGGUACUCGAAGUUGCCGUUCGUGGGCCACGCGGGCGAGGGCGCUUCUCGCGCGAAGGUCAUCAAGGUGAUCAACGCUGCACGGGCGAAGGCGAAGGCAAAGGAGCGCCCCUCGAGCGCGACGAAGCCCGGGCAGCCCCCGACCCCCGACAAGCUCGAGAGCCUCCGCGAUCGGUUGGCGAACGGCGAGCUGGGUCUGCAGCCCGCCGCGCAGCGCAGGAGUGCUGGGCCCGUCGCCCGCCUCCGCUCGGACAGCCCGCGGCCGCGUGAGGCCGGGGGCGACGCGGGCGUCGAGGAGGUCGAGGAGCUCGAGGAACCCUCGGCGAGGCGCGGCUGCUCGGGCAAGCGCUCGGACCGCAUGGGAGAGGACAGGCAGUCGCUGCAGGGCCGCAUCCUGUCGAAGGCAUCGGUCCAGGGCGGCGCGAACUCGCAGCCCAGGCACCUCGGCGUCGCGGGGGGCGGCGCGGCGUCGGUCAUGGAGGGCGCGGGGCGCCAGGGCACCCUCAAGGACGAGAACGAGAAGUCGGACAUGAAGUGCGCGAAGCUCCAGUCCGAGGGCCAGGGUAAAGGCCGGGGCAAGGGCAGAGGCGGCGGCAAGGGCAAGGACUCCAAGUCCGACCUGCCGAAGCCGGGGGCGCCAGCCUUCUUCGUCAAGAUGCGGCAGGCUGCGAAGGCCGAGCGGAGGCGGAGCGCGGAGCUUACAUGGCUGGUUCAACGCGCGCUGGAGAGGCUGAGGCAGCUCAUCCAGCCCGACGCCAUCAUGGGUACCGAUCUUGCCGCGUUCGGCGAGUUGCUCCGCGCGCGCCUCCCCGCCAAGCUGCCAGGGGUCGGCAGCAGUGCUGCGGCGGCACCAGACGGGGGCUUCAGCGGCAAGGGCUUGGAGGCAUGGCUGGAGUGCUGCAUCGUGGCGCUCAACGCCAUGUGGCUCGAGGGCGACGCGCGCUGGCCGAAGUUCUCGGCCCUCGGUCAGGAGCGGCACGUCGCUGCGGCUAGGGUGCGCGCAUUCUGGAUAUUGGAGCGGCGCGUGGAGGCUUUUUGGAGGCCGCAGUCUGAGCCGCUGCCGAGCGCGCCAGCGUCGACCUUCCUGGCGUCGCGCAGCAUCAGCUAUACCGGGGAGGCUGUCCGCCGAGCCGAGGAGCUGAGCUGCUGCCUGGGCUGCCGCCCAAGGAUCGGUGCGCUGCGCGGCGGGUCGUGGACCUGCGAUGAGGAUGAGCGCAUGGCCCGCUGGUUCAACGAUCCGCUCUCGACGCUGAUGCCGCUGGACAGGGCGCCGGUCCGCCCGAAGCCUGGGCGCGCCAGGUGCGAGCGGGAGUCGCUGCUCCCGCUGGCGCGCGGGCUUCUGGAGCGAGGGCUGGUCAUUCCCAUUCGGGAGGCGGACCUCUUGAAGAUCCAGGGCGAGCCUCUGCUUAACGGGCUGUUCGGCGUGCCCAAGAGCCAGGUGGCCCCUGAGGGCCCCGAGGGGAGGGAGGUGCUGAGGCUCAUCAUGAACCUCGCUGCGACGAAGGAGGUACCCCUCGACUUUGGGGGGGAUCUCGGCGCCCUGCCAUAUUUCGCGCAGUGGAGGUCCAUCGUGCUGGGGCCCGACGAGGAGCUCGCGCGGUCGUUCGACGACUUCAAGGGGGCUUUUUACGUUUUCAGGCUGCCCGAUGCCUGGGCGCCGCUGUUCGCGUUCGACGCAGUCGUCGACGCGGCGAGCCCGGGCCUGGGGGCGCCGUUCGGGGGCCAGGUCUACCUCGGCGCGGCGCGCAAGGACAGGUCAUUCCCCGCGUUGCGGGGGGGCUCGGCCUUGAGGGAGCUCUGGCAGGUCUACUGCGACGACGCGGACUACGCCGAACUCGCGCGCCGAUGUUCGGAGCCGGCGGGGGGCUUCGCCGCCGGCGCGCGCGACCGCUACGCCCAGCGAGACGUGCCGCUGAGCGAGAAGGCAGCCCUCUGCGCCCAACUGACAGCCCAUCUGCUCGCGGAGGCUGUCAGCAGGAAGGAGGCCCAGAUGGUCGCCAGGCAUUGGUGCCACAUGAGUUGCUUCAGGCGCGAGCGCGGCACGGUCUUCCGGAGGCUGCGGCGCGGCAUCGCCCGCUGGGAUGGGGGCAAGAGGAGCCUGCCGUCAGCAGAUGUCUGCGCCGAGCUGGCCUUGGCUCUCAGCCUGCUGCCGUUGCGCGAGUCCGACCUCCGCGCGCCCGCGGGCAGCGCGAUCACCGCGAGCGACGCGUCGGAGAGGGGUGGCGGCGCUUGCUGGGCGGUCUGUCUCCGCGCUUCCGCCAAGGUCUUCGAACCCGCCAGGCGCGCGGUGCAGCAGCGCUGGCCCGAAGGCGUUGGGCCGGGGGACGUCCGCUCCAUCGCGGCCGAGUCGCUGCGCGGCCUCCUGGCGCGAGCGCCCCAUUUGCGGGUGCUGUUCGUUCUCGGUGGGUCGCCUUGCCAGGGCGCCGCGCGGGCCAACGUGGCCGCGGGGGGCUGGGCCGAGGCGCGCGCCCAGCUGGUCGAGCACAUUCCCCGCGUCGCCACUUUGCCGCGGGAGGCGUGUCCUGAGCUCGUGGCGCUGCCCCUUGCGGAGAACACCAGCUCCAUGAGCGAGGGGGGCCGCCGCCGCUUCACCAGGGCGCUGGGCUCAGUGCCGAUCGACCACUGGGCCAGCGGUUGCAGUCCGGUCAGGGGGCCGAGGUUGCAUUGGCUCGACUUCCCGCUGGGCCCUCAGGGACGCUCCGAGGGGCACGGCAUUUUCUGGGUCGAGUGGCUCGAGAGCGGGGCGAGCCAUCCGCGGGGGGAGCAUGGGGCCUGGGCCACCUCCAUGCGCCCGAUCCCCCGCGAGAAGCCACCAGUCGCCCCCGCGGGCCUCGCGAGGGCGGGGCGUGCCGCGCGGGCUCGCUGGGGGGCGGACCGGUAUCGCUACGCCCCGUGCCAGCACAAGCUCGGCAACGUGGUCUAUGACCGCCAAGGAUGCCCCCGCCCUCUGACGAGUGCGGAGAGGGCCGUGCCCUUGGGCUUUCCAGUCAAGCACUGCCUGCGGGCUGCGCCCAAGUCCGCGGGCCUUUCAGGCCGCGAGGUGGAGGAUGUGCGCUGUGGUCUCCACAGCAACGCGUUCUCGGCUCCCGUCGUGGCGAUGCUGCUGGGCCGCGGUCUUUUGGCCGCAGGAGCACUGGCGCGGCCGCCGACGAUCGCUGAGCGCUGGGGGGCUCGCGGCGCCCAGGCGGGCGAAUGCCUCGGCCAGCUUCCGGGCAAUGCCCCCUCCGACACAAGUUCCAAGGAGGUGCGCAGCGCCGCGUGCGAGGGCCUGGCCCGCUCUGCCAUCUUCGAGGGCAGCGACAUAUCGCGAGCGGGCACGUCCACAACCUAG